UUAUUUAGGUCGUUCUCAGUGCCGUGUCAUAAACGCUUUUCCUUCUACAAUGAGCAAAAUAAUAACGUUACUAUUGCUGCUGGCCGCUUCCCAACAGCCCACUUUGGCGUGCGAUGGCGUGAUCGGUCAGACUGCUAGGACCACGACUACACGCGAUUGGUGGCAGUCGGCUCAAUUCUAUCAAAUCUAUCCUCGUUCGUUCAAGGACUCCAAUGGAGAUGGUAUCGGUGACUUGCCGGGCAUAACAUCGCAACUGGAUUAUCUGAAGGAGCUGGGGGUCACUGCAGUUUGGCUGUCGCCCAUCUACACAUCGCCCAUGGCGGAUUUUGGCUAUGAUAUUGCGGAUUUUUUCGAUAUUCAACCAGAGUACGGUACACUAGACGAUUUCGAUAAUCUUAUACAGGAGGCAAAUAAGCGCGACUUGAAGGUGAUAUUAGAUUUCGUGCCAAAUCAUUCAAGUGAUGAGAAUGAAUGGUUCAAGAAAUCUGUGCGACGUGAGAAGGGCUAUGAGGACUACUACAUGUGGCACGAUGGCUAUGUGGAUGAUGCAGGAAAUCGAUUGCCGCCGAGCAAUUGGCUCCAAGGCUUUCGUGGCUCUGCUUGGGAGUGGAAUGAGCAACGCCAACAAUAUUACCUCCACCAAUUCGCAGUUAAGCAACCUGAUUUGAAUUACCGCAACCCCACUGUGGUGGCACAAAUGAAGCGCGUGCUCAAAUAUUGGUUGGAUCGUGGCGUAGCCGGUUUCCGCAUUGAUGCCGUACCCUGGUGUUUUGAGGUCUUGCCCGAUGCAACUGGCCGUUAUCCCGAUGAGCCCAAAAGUGGUUACACAGACGAUCCUGACGAUUCUAGCUACCUCUUGCAUAUCUACACACAGGAUCAGCCUGAAACACUGGACAUGGUGUAUCAGUGGCGUCAGCUACUGGAGGACUACCAACGCAUACAUGGUGGCGACACGCGUGUGUUGCUCACCGAGGCUUGGUCACCACUGGAUUAUGUAAUGAAAUUCUAUGGCAAUCGAACGGUCGAAGGCGCACAGAUGCCUUUCAAUUUUCAAUUCAUCGUUGGUGGCAAUGGUGAUAAGAAUAAUACACAGCUGCCGGCGUCAGGUUUUGUGAAGAUCAUAAGCAGUUGGUUGGACAAUAUGCCAGCCGAACACACAGCUAAUUGGGUGAUGGGCAAUCAUGAUCAGCGACGUGUAGGCAGUCGUUACGGAGAGCAGCGUAUCGACACAAUGAAUAUGCUGCAGAUGUUCCUACCGGGCGUUAGCAUCACGUACAUGGGCGAAGAGAUUGGCAUGACGGAUUUGGAUAUCUCUUGGGAAGACAGCCGCGACCCAGCAGCUUGCAAUUCAAAUUCAGAGAUUUAUGAGCAAUUCACUCGUGAUCCAGCGCGCACACCUUUCCAAUGGAGCAAUGCUGAAAAUGCUGGCUUCUCGACCAACAGCACCACUUGGCUGCCAAUCAAUCCGAACUAUGUGACCGUAAAUGUGCAGACUGAGAAGGCGGCUACGAAGAGUCAUUUGACAAUUUACAAUCAAUUGGUGGCAUUGCGAAAGACCAAAACCCUGCAGCUGGGCGAUGUGCGUUACAGUGCUUUUGGGGAUAAUAUUUUGGCCAUUAAGCGUUCUUUGAAAAAUGAAAAGACAUAUCUUUUGUUGGCCAAUGUGCUUAACUCCGAUGCCACGGUGGAUGUGACCAGAGAGCUGAAGGUCAGCGGCAAUUUUAAGACUAUCAUAUCCAAUAUGAUUUCAACGGCAAAAGAAGGCGAUGUCAUCAGUGCUGAUAAUAUUCUGCUGAAAGCAUAUGAGGCGAUUGUAGUGGAAUCAGAGUAAACUUGAACAUGAGUCGGCGGAAGAAUUUGAAUUUUGUAAUAUUAAUUUUAUAAUGAAUUAUGUUAAUUAUUUUCAAGAAAAAGUAUACUUUUUUAGUUGCUUAUCUAAUAAGAAGGGAUUUGAAUUUCAAACUCUCUUAACGCAAUGCCAGUUUUGCUUCGAAAAUAUCGAUUAAAUGGCAUACACUUUACCUUAUGUUGUAGUUGCUAAGGUAAAAUAACUUAAAAAAUGUAUUAUUAUGUGUAUGUACGCAUGAAUGUAUAAAUAUUUUUUUAUUCGCAUUACUCGCUGCAAUGUAUAUUUUUAAUAUAGAAAAAAGUAAAAAAAAAAUACAUCUAAAAUUGACUGCUGCAUAGUUGCUGACAAUUACCGA